AUGUUUGCCAAGGUUCUAGUUGAGGCAAAUAUUGGUCAGUUGUGUCCUAAACAGAUUCAAUUUGUCAAUGAGAAAGGUCAUGUAGUUGAUCAACCUGUGGAAUAUGAUUGGCUUCCAAUCUUAUGCUCUCACUAUAGAGGGUUUGGUCAUGAGAGUACACUUUGCUCUAAAGUUUUGGAGCCCCCACAGAGGAAGGUAUGGGUACCUAAACCUAUACAGCAGGCAAGGGUGGUGAAUGCCCCAAUACAAACACAUGAGGAUGAGACUACCAUGGCUCAAGGGGAAGGUACACAUGGUGUGGUUGCUACUGAUGGGUUUGUGCAGGCCACCUCUUUCAGUAAGCAGCAAUGCCAGCAACUGAAGCCAGUUAACACAAGAAAUAGCUUCCAGAUUCUCAACAUGGAUGAUUAUGAUGAAGUUGAGACUGUGAAGAGGCCUAAAUUGGGUGAUCUUUACCUGAAUGUUUGUCCUGGUUGGAGCUUCACCACCAAUGUGAACCAUUCUACCUCUGGUAGAAUCAUCUUAGCAUGGGAUCCUAAUACUUUUACAGUGAAUAUUGAGGCUAUGAGUAGCCAACAUAUUAAUUGUUUUAUCACCCCUAGAAGUACUGGUACUGGUUUCUUUGGAACUUUUAUCUAUGGCAUGAAUGAUAUGAAGGAUAGAGUCCCUCUGUGGAAUGCCUUGAUUCAGAUUGCUGACCACUGCACUCAACCUUGGGUCAUUAUGGGUGAUUUUAAUGCCCUAAUGGACAUAGAUGAUAGAGUUGGUGCACCAGUGGGGGAGGAUAGGGUUCUUUCCAGAAUUGACAGAGUUCUGUCAAACACAAGUUGGACUUAUUUGUUUCCUAAUGUGGAGGCUCAUAUCUUACCUGAGGGUAUGUUUGAUCACUGUCCAAUGGUUCUUAAAAGUUACAAUGACAAUCCCAUCAGAAGACCUUUUAGAUUCUAUAAUAUGUGGACUUGUGCAGAUAAGUUUAUUGAGGUGGUCCAAUGUAACUGGAAUAAACAUGUUCAUGGGUGUCACAUGUUUAGAAUACUCCAGAGACUGAAAUGGCUCAAGCUAGAUCUGAAACUCCUUAACAAGGAGGGAUUCAAUGAUGUGGAGGCUAAUGACGUGAGAACCUAUGCAGACCCGUUGACAAAACAAGCUAUUCUUCAUGCUAAUCCUAGUGAUGCUAUUGCUGCUACAAAAGAGAAACAAGCUGCAGAAGCCUACAAGAGUGCACACCAGGUGUACAUGUCCUUCUUGCAACAAAUUGCCAAGAUCCAGUGGCUUGAAAAGGGAGAUGAGAACACCAGACUCUUCCAUCAGAGUAUAAAACAAAGAAGACAGCAGAAUACCAUUCACUCCAUUCAGGAUAUGAAUGAAAACUGGGUUAGAACACCUGAUGGGGUAAAAAAGGCUUUUUCUCAGGUCUACAAAGAUCUGUUCUGUAAUAAGAUGGACCAAAGGUGCCAUGUCAACACUGCAAUUAUGAGUAGAGGCCCUAGACUCAAUGAUGCUCAUAGGGCAUUGUUAGAUUGUAACUUCACCAUGGAUGAUAUCAAAGCUGUGUUAUGGUCUAUUCCUAACCAUAAGGCACCUGACCUGGAUGGUUACAAUAGUCAAUUUUACAUUGCAACAUGGCACAUUGUGAAAUAUGAUCUGCAUAAAGCUAUAACUGAUUUCUUCUACACAGGCAAGAUUCUCAAAGAACUCAAUGUGACAUCCAUCACCUUGAUUCCAAAACUGCCAGUUCUUGCUUCUGUAAGUGAUUUCAGACCCAUUGCUUGUUGCAACGUCAUCUAUAAAUGCAUCUCCAAACUUAUUUAUAGCAAGUUGAGUCAGGUUCUUCCUGAUGUGAUUUCUCACAAUCAAGGUGCUUUUGUUUCUGGUAAAUCCAUUCUGCACAAUGUCCUCAUUUACCAGGAUCUCAUUAAGAUGUAUAAUCAAUCUCUGACUCAGCCUUGUUGCCUAAUGAAGGUGGAUAUUAGGAAAGCUUAUGACACUGUUGAGUGGACAUUCAUUGAGGAAGUCAUGUUGGAUCUUGGAUUUCCCCCCUUUUUUGUUCAACUUAUUAUGACAUGUCUCUCCACUACAAGAUAUUCUAUCCUCAUUAAUGGUGAGCCAACUGACCUUAUCCAGCCAAGAAGAGGGAUAAGACAGGGGGAUCCCCUCUCACCAUUGCUUUUCACUCUCUGUAUGGAAUAUUUCUCAAGAUCCAUGAAAACUGUUGGUGAAUGUGCUCAUUUUAAGUUUCACACCAGAUGUAGAUCCCUUCAGCGAACCAUUUAUGCUUUGUUGAUGAUCUGCUGA